ACGGCCGCCAUGUUAUAAAAUCACAUGUCUAAUGUUUAAUCCUCUGUUCUUUGAUUUAAUUUAAAUAAUUCAGUUUAAUCAUUUUUUAAAUAUAUUGCGUGCCUUCAGUAACAGUUAAUAGCGUACAUCGAUAUGUAUAUGGACAAUAGUGUAGUGCAUCCUCACCCUGGCCAGGUCCUGGGUGGAGUACCUGGAGUUGUUCAUGGCAUGUCGGUUCAUGGUGGGGGGCCAGAUGGAGAGCAUCCACCACAUGGUCCCCGUCGUCGUUACCAGAACAGACCAAAGCCAUCAAACAACCUGGAGCGAUUGCCUCUAGAUGAAGCUGCUAAAAGGCUGACGGCCCAACUGACGGAAAUGGAAUCUCUUCCCUUAAAGACGCCAGUGUCGGUGUUACAAGAAUUGUUGGCACGCCGUGGGACUGUACCUAAAUAUGAACUCGUACAGAUUGAAGGCAUGAUCCACGAACCCACUUUCCGCUAUCGUGUUACUGUAGCUGAUUUAGUAGCUAUGGGUACUGGGCGCUCAAAGAAGGAGGCCAAACACUCAGCAGCCAAAGCCCUGUUAGAUAAACUGACUGGUGCAACCCCAGCUGAUCAAUCCACCAAUGGCAAUGUUCCUGAAACUGGUGCAGUAGUCUCCUCUUUUGAAGAUAAACUGAUGGGUAACCCUGUUGGAUGGUUACAAGAACUUUGCAUGUCGCGCUUUUGGCCGCCACCGUCCUACCACGCGGAGAAUGACGAUAAUGUCAACAGGCGUCUGCCUCAUGAACGUCAGUUUACUAUUGUAUGCACGCUGCUGAAACGUCGUGAGGUUGGCACAGGCAAAUCAAAAAAACUGGCUAAACGCCAAGCUGCAUACAAGAUGUGGCAAGCUCUUCAAGAUAACCCACCAGAAGUGUUCCAGGCUGAUGAAGAGGGCGGAGUCGCAGCCCGUUAUGCCGACUUGAAAGAUAGUAAAAUCUCCACUCUGACUACCAGUCACAGCCACAAGGUCUCGCAGUUUCACAAACACCUCAAACAAUCUGUCGGCCCCAACCUGGCCAAGUUGCAGGUUACUCCAUUGAACAACAAAGACUUCAACUUUGUUCAAUUCUUGCAAGAGAUAGCAUCAGAGCAAUCAUUUGAAGUCACUUAUGUAGACAUUGAAGAGAAGUCAAUGAGUGGCCGCAAUCAAUGCUUAGUACAGCUGUCGACGUUGCCGGUUGCUGUGUGCUAUGGAUCUGGUUUAACUAGCAAAGAUGCUCAAUCUUCAGCUGCUCAAAACGCCCUUGAGUAUCUGAAAAUAAUGACCAAAAAGUGAAUAUAUCAUUACCUCGCGACAUCAAAACGAUACUUCUAGCGCUCACUAUGCAUCAGAUAUUAAUGGAAUAUGGUAACAAUUAUCAAUUUUAAAUGAAUUAUAUUUAUAAAAAUUAAAUUCUAGAUGCGCAAAUAGCGUAGAACGACACUCGAGUGCUUGUAUGGUUGAUGUCGCUAGGUUUUGAGUAUUAACUUAUCUUUAAAAAACCACUUCCCAUUUGAAUAUGGCAUGUUGCCUGUGUGCCAGCAGCACUUCGGGCUAUGCUUUAUAACUGGCAUAUUUGCAGUAUCUUACUUGUGAUUUUUUUGUCACCCCCAAAAUAAAAUAAAAAUACAUUUUCAGUUCAUUUACAUUUUAAUAAAUAUUUUUAUAAGUAAGUGAAUCUCAAGGGAUUUGAAAUGUAGAAAUCUUAAAUCCGACAGAUAAAGUCGUUAUGACAACUUUAUGGUCUAAGUAAAUAAGUUUAAUCCCUAUUUUUUAAAGUCUGUAUAAUCUCAAACAUAUGAAAAUCUAGCAGAAUAUUUUAAGUUUACUUUCCGCAUAAAUGGUCUGGUCCAGUCACUGUUUCAAUUAUGAGGUCGUGUCAAGUAAAGUAUGCAUGAAUGUAAUAAAUAAUGCAUAAUUUAAAUUAUAUAUUAUGGGACUGUUUUGUAAUGUGCAUAAUAUUAAUAAACCUUUACAACUUUUAUCCCAAAUUGGAGAACGGGUAUUGGCAUCUCUAAUGUAGAACAUUAUCAAAGUCAGGUAUCGGGUGUUUUUUGGAGAAAUUGAAUUAAUUAAUUGGUUAAUUGUUAAAUGUAACAGUUA